GAGAGAGAUAAUCUACAAUAAAUUCCAUAUACCAUGUCUGAAGGUUUGGUGUUUUAUUCCCAAACUAACGCCAUUUUGGAGACGCUUAUUAGAUAUGCUCUGGAUUUAACGGGAUAUGCCAAAGAAGACCAUUCCGCCAAAGCAGGAAUUGACAAAAUGGUGGAGCUCCUGGCUCGGGAGGCAAGCAGAAAGAUCAACUGUGUUUACCAGCAGCUGUUUGACAGCACCAAUAAGGAAAAACUGAUGCUUCAGAACAAAGUAAGCGAGCUGGAGUGCCAGCUGAAGGCAGUCACGGAAGACUUUGACGUCAUCACAAUAUGGAGGAAAAACGUGUUGAGUGGAUCUCCCGUGAUCAAUGAGCAGACAGGAUGGGUCUUCACCCUGAAGCCUUACGGGGUUUUAGUGAAAUCGGAUGAGCGGGCAAAGGAUGAUGCUGAAUCCACAUCAGCCCUAAUGAUAUGCAAAGACAAAUCUACAAUGGAGGGCUUGAAUUGUGAAGCUGAGUCAUCAGCAGUCAGUAGACAAGACAUCGCAGAGGAUGACAUCGCAGGAGAUGACAUUGUGACGCUGUCCACAGACUCCAACAAUCCUUUGCAAUCGGAGGUCAAUAAGAAGGUUUUUACAUGCGACGUGUGCGAGAAGAGCUUCAGCCGUCAGCUCCACCUCAAGAAGCACUUGGACAGUCAUAAGGAGCCUCUGACUUGCCACCAGUGUCCCAGGAUCUUCCGACGCAGCGCCGCGCUGGAACGCCACCUGCUGCGUCACAAGGAGAAGACACUUCAGUCCUUCAUGUGUCCAAUCUGCGACAAGACCUUCAAGAACAAAAAACUGCUCAAGGCACACGAGUCGGUACAUGGCGACGACGCACAGCCCUUCGCCCCUGACGUCUCACAGGGUAAGGCGUUCACCUGCGAAACAUGUGGCGCCAGCUUCACACUGCAGCAGAAUCUCAAGCGGCACGCCCGCAUCCACACGGGCGAGCGACCAUUCAAGUGCCACGUGUGCGGCGCCAGCUUCGUCCAGGACAAGCUGAAGGCUCACAUGCUGCUCCACGGUGCCACCAAAUCUUUCAUGUGUGACUUGUGUGGCAAGACCUUCCUGUACAACUGGCAGCUAAAGAAGCACCAAAAAGUUGCGCACCAGGAGGGCAGUGAAGCAGACAUGCAGGAAGGGCGGCGGAAAGUCCGUGCGCGGCGAAAGCGUACUGUCAUCUUUAAACGUGACAGGACCACCAUGGAGUUGGCAGCGUUUGCCUGCAAGACGUGCCGACGUGCGUUUGACUCCGAGGCGGCGCUCAAAAAACACGAGCUGCUCCACACAAGCGGGACCCCGUUCACGUGUGACGUUUGCGGCAAAGCCUUCCUCUACAAGACAACCUUUGACUACCACCUCCGUACGCACUCAGGCGAGCGGCCGUAUGCCUGUGACGUGUGUGGCAAGACCUUCAUCAUCCACCAUGCGCUCAAGUCGCACCGGCUGCGGCACACGGGUGAGAAACCGCAUGCUUGCGAGCAGUGUGGAAAGGCAUUCCGUGUUUACACCAACUACCAGAGACACCUCAGGAUCCAUACGGGUGAGAAGCCAUACGAGUGCGAGGUGUGCGGCGUCAGAUUCCGCCAACUCGGACAUGUCAAGUUCCACAUGCAGGUGCAUACGGGUGAGCGGCCAUACUCCUGCGCUGCUUGUGGAAUCGGCUUUUCCGACUCCAGGCAGCUAAAGAAACACAAGUGUGCUGGCAAGGAUUCAGUGAAGAUAUCACUAACAUCUUGACUCCCAAGGAUAAUUUGACACAAUUCAGUAAAAUUCGAUAUUUUUCCAUAACAGCUAAUGUACCCGGCAUGCAGUCAUGGCCCCUCACUUUCCCGAGUACAACACAUUUAAAGGAAGCAGAAAAUGUGGUCAAAUAUUUACAUGCUAUAUGUUGUACUUAAGUACUUUUUAUAAAGCAAAAUAUAUUACAUUUGUUAUUAAAAUGUGCAUUUUCUCAAGGGAGCUGAAACUGA